AUGCCCGGCUUCACCGCCACCCUUUCUGUGCACGACCAGAUCUUUGGGACACCGGCACAAUGUAAGUCCACUAAGGAAGCACAGAAUACCGCUGCUGGAGUUGCGUUCGAGCACUUCAACGAACCAGUGCUGUCGCAAGUUCGCCAUAUGAUAGAUUCCAAUGAUAACAUAUAUAAAGAUACUUUGCAUAUGUACAUGAACGAACUUCAGCAAUUUGUUCAGAAGAAAAAUCUUGGUCUCUCGGUGUAUACUAACGAGGCUGAGGGCCCUUCCCAUGCUCACUGGUUCAAGUCAAGUGUCUGUGUUAGGGGAAAAUCAUACGUGACGGAGGAAAUUUUCUGGACAUUGAAGGAAGCCGAGCAAGCGGCCGCUAAAGUAGCUUGUCAGGAGUUGUCAGUCGACGUUACUCAAGAGAAUGGAGGUUUAUACAAAAAUUUGCUGCAACAAUUUGCCCAGAAAAGGGGUCUUCUCUGCCCAUUGUAUGAGACGGUCCAAUCGGGUGUGCCCCAUUCCAUAUACUUCAUUACUAUCCAUGUCUUUCAGUCCUAA